UGCUUUUUUUGUGGCACAGGUGGAUUUUAAAAGCUGUGGUCCACUUCUGACCUGCAGCCUCAUAUUCUAUUUCUCAUAGCCUAUAUUUAUUAUUUUUUAUUUAUCAUAGCUCUCUCUGUUUUUUUUUCUUUCUUAAAGUUCACUUUAAGACUCGACUUGGAUUGUAUCUCCUAGUUUCCCAUGAUGUAACUGUUUUUCUAGUUCACCUGUCAUGUUGCAGCCUGUACAGGUGUAUCUCCCUCCACCUGUCGUGCGAGCAGAAGCGCUUCUCUCUGCUAGAAUAAGAAAAACAGUCCCGUGAUAGAAAUGGGGCGGUUUAGUGUUUGAUUUUGCUUUAAGCUCUAACAGUUAUGUGGAUAGUCUUAAUAAUGUUUGUUCAACGGAUAAACACGGACCUGCAGCAGAGGAGCUGUCAGCUAUAAAGAAACUCUGCAGAUGGUUUUAUAAUCAUUAAGCGUGCGGUCCUGGUUCUCCAGAACGAGCCGGGCUAUGGAGGCCAGCGUCGCUCCUUCACCACAGAAGAUGAAGCCUGGAAAUCCUUUCUGGAGAACCCGCUGACGGCAGCCACCAAGGCCAUGAUGAGCAUAAACGGAGACGAGGACAGCGCCGCAGCUCUCGGUCUGCUCUACGACUACUACAAGGUGCCCAGGGACAAGAGAACAAUAACCCAGAGCAAGCCAGAAUCCCUGGUCUGUGAUGUGGAUCCCAACAAAAGACACCAGAUCCAGGCCGGACACUCCAUAGCUCAGCUUCAGGAGGGCGGUAUGGAGAGCCGGAUCCAGGUCCUCAAGGGGCCCUUCAAUAUUCAGCUGGCCCAGGACAAGAGGUCCCAUUUCCCCUCACCAGACACGACAGUCACCGUUUCCAUCGCCGCCGUGCCAAACUACCCGCCAGUCAAGACCGAGGUGCCCACCCACGGCUUCUCGGUGACCGUGCCAAACAACUGUGCCGAAACCGACGGCCACGUGGGCGUCUUUGACCGCCAGCUCACCCACAACGGGGUCCAGUUCAGCCCAAGCACCCAGUCCCGCACGCCCCCCGACUCCACCUUCUCCGAGAGCUACAAGGACGGUUCCCAUGAGGUGUUUUCCUUCCCAGGGGAUCUCCAGUUACGUAUGUCCUCCAUGACGCCUGAGGACUACACUCACUUUAACACCGUGCCGGGGAAUAACUUUGAGUACACUCUCGAGGCGUCCAAGUCUCUGCGUCAGAAGACAGGUGACGGGACGAUGACGUACCUCAACAAGGGCCAGUUUUACCCGAUCACUCUCAGGGAGGCCGACAACAAAGGAAUACAGCAACCCAUCACCAAAGUCAGGAGUGUAGUGAUGGUGGUGUUUGGAGAGGAGAAGUGCAGAGAUGAUCAGCUGAAGCACUGGAAGUACUGGCACUCCAGACAGCACACUGCCAAACAGAGGUGUCUGGACAUUGCUGACUACAAGGAGAGCUUCAACACCAUUGGCAACAUUGAGGAGAUUUCCUACAACGCCAUUUCCUUCACCUGGGACACCAAUGAGGAGGCCAAAAUCUUCAUCUCCGUCAACUGUCUGAGCACCGACUUCUCCUCCCAGAAGGGCGUGAAGGGUCUCCCUCUGAACCUGCAGAUCGACACCUACAGCUACAACAACCGCAGCAACAAGCCCAUCCACCGCGCCUUCUGCCAGAUCAAAGUCUUCUGCGACAAGGGAGCCGAGAGGAAGAUCCGUGACGAGGAGAGGAAGCAGUCCCGCAGGAAAGGGAAGGUCGCCGAGCUCAACCCCGGCCUGGCCUAUGUGGAUGUCAAAGUUCCCAUCCUCCAGAAACGCAACGAUGUGACCAUCUUCAAGAUGAUGAACGACCACGAGACCCAGCCUGUCCUUUUCAUUCCUGACCUCCACUUCUCUACCUUCCAGCGCCACCAGCCUUUCCCGACAGAAGAUGCAGAGGACAGCUCGGGCAUGAAGAGAUUACCCUUCAGUGAUGAUGAGUUCGGUUCGCCUCCAAACAAGAUGGCGAGAGGAGAGGAACCAAAGAAAGUCCUGCUGUACGUGCGCAAAGAGACGGAGGAGGUGUUUGAUGCGCUCAUGCUGAAGAAUCCCACGCUGAAAGGCCUGGUGGAAGCUAUUUCAGAGAAGUACGAAUUACCUUUGGACAAGGUUGGAAAAGUCUAUAAGAAGUGCAAGAAAGGGAUCCUAGUCCACAUGGAUGACAACAUCAUCAAACACUACUCCAACGAAGACACCUUCCAGAUCACCAUGGAGGAGAUGGGCGGCAUGUACAAACUCACCCUCACUGAAAUCUGAUUGGACAAGAGUAGGUGACAUCACCCAGACCAGAGGGAUGGAGGACGAAUAAAACAGAGCCGUCAGGAGUAGUGGUUUACAUGUCUAGCUAUGCAGUGAUUGUGGACUUACAUCAUGUCGUCUGUUGUGCUGUAUUAAUGUCAAACAGAUUUUAAAAGUCCCACAAGAGGUAUUUAAAAGAAAAGAAAAGCCAUAGCUCUUAAUAGACCACAAUGUUGAUUAGAUAUGUAAGUUAUACAUUUUGAUUAAUUUUAAAAAAACUUUUUUUUUGUGCAUACUAAUCAACAAGUGAGGACAGGUUUGAUUGUUGUGACGCCUUUAUUUUGUAUUCAUUAAGUUGCACCUCAGAUAAUAGUGCCUACUUUUGUAAAUGUUUGUGCAGAGCAUUUGUGGUGCUGCUAUACCUCACGCUAUGCAAGCAGCAGUGUUUCUUUUUAUGAGGAGAAACGGCUCGUCUUUCCCUUCCUAAAGCCAUAGCACUGAUGAUUACAAUCUGUAAAGUUGGGUAUUUCACGCACAAAAUGAAGACAGCAAAUCUUUUGAUGGAGCCCCAGUGGUUCUGCGUAUUAAUACUAAACAACAUGGCAGUAUUUAGUGUGUAAAACUCUCUUCAACCAUCAUACAAUUAGGGUAGAAUAAUGUAAAUGUUUGUUUUUUUUAGCAUAGGAUACAUGUUGUUUGUGAAUGAAAUGAGUUUUAAAUAUGUGGUUUCAUCAGAUCAAUAUAAAUAAUGGCCUCUUUGUAAGUAUUAAAUAAUCACUAAAUAUAUUGAUAAUACUGUUAAAACGCAGCUACCCUUCCCCUGUAGAGUAGUUUUCUUAAUGUUGAUGAAAUAGGUCAAUGAAUGUCUAGUACGGUCCACGCAGGCUGCUUUGGAAGUGCAAUAUGAUAUUUAGGUUCAGACAUAUAUAGAAAAAAAAACUCCUCUAUUGCCAUAACUACAGCAGGCCGAUAUACAUAUUAUCUGAUAAAACUUUUUUUUUUUUUUUUAAAUGGAAAUAUUUUUGUAUAUAUCCACUGAAAUAACGGAUCUUUAUGAUCCCUCCUUUUGUAUCUCAAUACUUAUUGUGUAUAUAUUUAUUAAGAGAUGGAUGUGGGUCAUUGUUUUUUUUUUUUAUUACCAUAUAUAUCCAAAUUUUUAUUAUUCCUAUUAAUAUAAUGUUUUUUUUCCCUUUUUAUAUGAAGUUAUUCUAACAUUACAUGUCAAGGGUAAAAAAGUUAUUUACAUGUUUUUUUUGUGUAAAGGAUUUGAUGCACAAAGUGCCCAAUAAAGGCUCUCCAGUAGCUUCUG